UGGUUUGGUUUGCUCUGACGUUAGGCCAGUAGUACAGCUUCAGUCUCGACAGUGUAAAAAACCAAAUACAUUAUACCAGCCUUUGUUAGUUUUUUUAUCAUCCGUGAAUUGUUACCUCAUGCAUUGAUUGUAGAUGUAAAAAAUGCCUGCCUCAAGGUUUUCAUUAUUACUACUGGAGCCAGGAGAAAUUUAUUUUGAAGAUUUUAGUGUAACAUACACCUGUUCAACACAAGACAGUAGCAUCCCAUCCCAACGUGGCCGCUUGCGAUUAUGUUCCAAAUCAGCAAUGUUUGAACCAGCAGAUGCCAAAUACCCCAUUCUUAAAAUUAGUUUGAGCUACUGUAGUUCUGUUUCCAAGGAAGAAGAUUCUAUUGCCAUACAAUGUAACCAACUUACAGAAAUGUUGGCAAAUAAUAUAAUGGCACCAUAUGUUUUCUUAAAAAAGACCUUCAUACUCAAAUUCACAUUUCACUAUGCAACUAGUGAAGAGUGCCUGUAUCGCUUGAGCCAGCUACACAGGGCAUCAACCUUGCCACCAAAAGAACAGCAAGAAAUGAUGGAGGCAAUAAUUCAUUCAAGGCAUGCACGAGUCCAAUUUGAUCCUUGUUGGCUAGAAGAUCUCCAUGAAACUGUACAGUUUGAAGCAAAAGUCAUUCAGGUUUCUCCGUUGGUGUCUAAUCCAGGAAGGGUAGUAGUGACAUCAGCCAGACUAUAUUAUCAGCCAUACAACUGCGAACCUUGGCCAGUCAUGAAGAUACGCCUUGCUUCGGAUAUAGAACGCGUUGCCAGAAGACGGUAUCUGCUGCAAAAUUCGGCUCUAGAAAUUUACUGCAAGGAACAUUGCUCCCCGAAAUAUCUGUUCCUAGCGCUCGACAGCACGAGCUUGUGCGAUGAGUUAUUCAAAAGAUUGGAAUCCAAUAACAAGCCCAAUAUCGGUCUCGAUGUUGCAACAUUGCAAUGGCAGCACGGCAUUCUUUCCAACUAUGAUUAUUUACUGUUCCUAAAUAGCGCUGCGGACCGAAGUUUUAACGACCUAACCCAGUAUCCUGUUUUCCCUUGGGUUGUGAAAGAUUUCAUCAGCGCCAAUUUAGAUUUAGAAGAUCCAUCUAUUUACCGUGACUUAUCAUUGCCAAUCGGUGCUUUGAAUCCGAACCGCCUUAAACAGUUGCUGGAACGCUUUAAUGACAUGCCAGAACCAAGGUUCUUAUACGGCUCACACUAUAUGGCACCUGGGUUUGUUUUAUUUUAUUUGGCGAGAAAAUAUCCCCAACUUGUAUUAUGUCUGCAUGGAGGCCGCUUUGAUCACCCAGAUCGCAUGUUUAACAGCCUUCAACAGACAUGGCAGAACGUUAUGAAUGGCGCGGCCGACUAUAAAGAGCUAGUGCCGGAAUUUUAUGAUGGUGAAGGCGAAUUUUUAGUCAAUUAUUUGGAUAUUAAUUUCGGCCAUCGAAGCUCCGAUGGCCGUCCCGUCCAAGAUGUAGAGCUUCCACCAUGGGCCAAAUCCCCUCAAGAGUUAAUAAUGAAACUACGGCAAGCUCUCGAGUCGGAGCACGUUUCAAAAAAAUUGCACCUGUGGAUUGAUUUAAUAUUCGGGCACUUGCAGAGAGGAACGAAAGCGGUCGAAGCACGAAACCUCUUUCAUCCACUUUGUUACGAAGGCUCCGUGGAUUUAUGUACUGUAAUCGAUCCUGUCACCCGCUUGAUGUAUGAAAUUCAAAUUCUUGAAUUCGGACAAAUCCCUCGACAACUGUUUACGAAGCCGCAUCCUGCACGAUUUGCUGGGCUCAUUCCCACGCCGUUGCCACUGAUGACGUCACCAGACUUACAAAAUGGUUCACGGGAGGAAGAAGACGGAGUCGAAAAUCGAACGAGAUCUUGGUCGCGGAGUCGCCUCUGUGAUCUGCACAUUCACACGGUUUUUCAUGGGCAUAAGAAAUCGGUGACGGGAUUAGCUUUUUAUUCGCAAAACGAUGAUGUACAAGCCGUCUCCGUGUCCCUCGAUGGAUUCAUAAAAGUCUACAAGUUACGUAAUAGAACACAAGUUCUAUCGGUCAAUCCGAUAGAAUCCAAUCCAUUAACGGCUUGCCUCUGCCUUCCGGAAUCAAACGCCCUUCUCCUGGGUACGCUACAAAACGAAGUCGCUCUCUAUCAGAUCGAUUGCUGUCGACUGGACAACGUCGCUACAGUUCAUGACGACAAUGUUACAGCCCUUGGAAUUGGAAAGGAUGAGAAAGAUGGUAACGUGAUCUUGGCUUCAGGAUCAUCUGACUGCAAUGUUAAAUUAUGGCGCGUCCACCGGACUUGUAGUUCUUCUCAUUUCCGCUUUCGUCCAACUACCGAUCUCAUAGCGGAAUUGGAACACGAUUCGUCGGUCGUCUCAUUGGAUUUCCAUCCUGGUGGAUUGAAAUUAGCUACUGGUACUAAAGAGGGUCAGGUUCUUCUAUGGGAAGUUCCAACUGGCCUGCCACUUGACGCUCUCCCUGGUCACAUGAAUGAGGUGUCCGCUGUAAAAUUCAGUCCAGAUGGUUCAAAACUGGUGACAGUGGGCCAUGACGGUUUACUCCAAGUGUUUCAAGUCGAUAUCGAUCCACCCCAAAUAGUGGCCAAAAGUGAGGAAAUGGUGGCGGACGAUAAGCGCGAAGAUUUCCGGUGCUUAGCGUGGGACGGUUUGUCCAUUCUAUUGGGUACGGCCCGUGGGGAAAUGUUAAUCUUCGAUUUGGUUGCCUUCAAAGUGGUGCGUAGGGUCCAGGCUCACGCCCCAGGAGCUCUGACAUGCAUAGCUGUUGCACCAAUUGUGGACGAUUUGGUUGUGGUGACUGCCGGUCAGGAUGGCCGUGUAUGCCUCUGGGGAUCUGAUGCAAUCAUCCCUUGAAAAGAACCACCGAGUUCCUUAGGAAAUCUUGCCUUCGCCUUCUCUUUUGUUACAACCCAUUGCACGCAAAAAUAUAUUCCAAUAUCAUCCACCAUGAUAUAACUAUGUAGCUCUCUCGUCGACGUCAUGAGUAUCGCGUUUGAUUUUAAGCCAAUAGGAAGAAAAAGAAAAGUCAUUGUUCCCCGUCCAGUAUUUUGAUGAAUUACAUUCGUCCAAUACAUAGAAUGUUAGUAAGAUUUAGUUACUAAUGUCAUCCACGUCCAUGUAAUAAAAACAUCUACUGAUCUUUAAAUUGCGUAACUCUUGACAUUCAACUUAGUGGGACUCGGGAUUUCGCCCUAGUUAGGGAG